AUGGAUUAAACUAAUCUGAAUUGGUAAUGGUUGAAUGAACCAAAAGAUUGGAAAAAUCAAAAUGAUAAAAUCACUAUAGUAACUGAACCCAAUACUGACUAUUGGUCUAAAACUCAUUAUGGAUUUAUAAGAUACGAUGCUCCCACUUAUGUUACUAAGGUCAAAGGUGAUUUUGUAUUCACUUGCAAAGUUAAUUUUUCAUCAAAAGUCUUAUAUGAUCAAGCUGGAAUCAUUUUAUUUGAAGACAAAGAAAAUUGGAUUAAAGCAUCUAGUGAGUACCAUGAUGAGAAUUAUUCAACUUUAGGAUCAGUUGUUACAAAUCUUGGAUACUCAGAUUGGGGUUAUUAAAGAGUGUCUUCUCAAAUUAAGGAACUCUAUUAUAGAUUAAAGAGAAAAGGGUAAGAUUUUAAUAUUGAAUUUUCUUAUGACGGAAAAGAAUUCCAUGAAAUAAGAGUGUGUCAUUUACACAAAGAAACUCAAGAGACAUCUGUAGGUAUCUAUGCUUGCAGUCCUUAAGACUCUAGUUUUUAAGCAGAAUUCAGCGAUAUUAAAUUGGAAUUGAUUCAAUGA